AGGUCGUGCAGUAUCGCUGCUACAGAGCACGAGGAUCACUAGUACGCCGUAAACGAACUAUAGUUGUUGUGUAUCAGCCAAAAUGAGGAUUGUUCUCAUAUUAUUCCUUUGUGUGGGGGCUUCCAUCGCCGACGAUAUUGCCUCAGCUGCAGGUCAAAUAUUCAAUAGUAUUCUGCCAAACUUAAUCGGCAAUUCUGUUACCGGACAGCAGGGCAACACCGCUUCAAACACACUCCAGCAAAUCGGAACCGUCGUUGGUGGCGUGGUUGAUUAUGCUAAGAAAAAGAGCUAUGAAGAGAUGCUUAAACAGGUGCAGGACUCGACAACGGAUGAGGACCUUCUCCGCAUCAGCGAGGAAAUGUUCAACGCUGACAUAAACAACGCUUUAAACUAUAUACAAGUGAAUUUGCAAGGCAAAACGAGCCCUAUGUCAAAGAGCGACGAAGCACAGUCUAGUCUUUUAAAUGUCCCGGAGAACGUAUGGAAUGGACCGACAAUCAGGCCGUUCGCGGCACUAUUUGAUAAUUAUCACAAGAACGUGAUAAGGCCAGAGUUCGUAACACCAAAUGAGGAGACUGAACAAGUUACAUACAUUAACACUAUCCUUGCUACUGGUCCAAUGAGAAGUUUGAUGACUUUCCUGGUGAGCAAAGGUCUUAAUCAAAUGAAUGAAUAUCCGGAGCAAGUGGAGUUAUUGAAAAAAAUUUGGUUUACGAAAUAUGCCCGUCAUUGGACAGGACUCUGUAAAUGUAGUUGCGCGUUUGAGAACGUAUUCAUGGCCGAACUGAAAUCCGACCAAGUUUUAGGUCUACACAGCUGGUUAUUCUUUGCGAAGCGAGAAAUGGACCGCAAAGCUAACUACCUGGGCUACAUCGACAAACUGGACUUAGGAGGAAAAGGGCUGAUUCUCAAGCAACACUCGAUCCUUAGUGAGACCAAGGAUGCUCCUGAAAUCACCAUGUUCGUCGGCACAUCCCCUGAACUAGAGACAGCCUUGUAUACCCUAUGCUUUAUGGCUCGUCCGGACCGUCCUUGCAAGUUGCACUACAACAAUGUACCAUUCACCAUCCAAACCAAAACAUUGAAAGCUGAAAAUCUUGUUCUGAUCGACACUGCAUACCCAGUUUUCUAAUUAUAAAGAUAUAUUAUAAAAUAAAGUGGUAGUUAUAUUUUGAAUAGGUUCAAGGAUACCUAUAAUAUAAAUUAGUUUUUUCUUUAAA